AUGGCUGUCCCACCAGUUCAUUUCUUUUCCCACGGCUCGACCAUGAUGCUAGGCGAAGAGUCGCGCUCAGCAGACUACUGGAAAGCCUGUGGAGACGAAGCUCUGCGCCACGGCAUCAAAGGCAUCAUCAUGAUGGGCGCGCACUGGGAUGCGCGGGGUGUGAACCGCAUCGACGUUGCAAUGAACCCAAAGCCCGACAAGUCACCGGUCGCCUAUGUUCACCCCAAGAAAUAUGUCGACUACGAGCUCAACCCCGACCUCGCCACCGGAAAGAAGUGCAUUGCUGCGUUACGAGAGAAGGGCAUCGAUGCACGACCUAACGACAAGUUCGACUGGAUUCACGACACAUACCUCAUUUUGAUCCGCAUGUUCCCUGCAAAGUGCCCGCCAACAACGUUGAUCAGCAUGAACGGCCGCUUUGAUCCUCACCUACACGCACGCAUUGGAAGCAUCCUCGCUCCCUUUCGCGAGGAAGGGUACCUCAUCAUCGGCACUGGCGGAGCGGUACACAAUCUUUACCGUAACCACUGGGGCCAGAUGAUCCGGUACUCCGACAACUUUGCUCAACCGUACCCGCCGGAGGCACCCAUGCUGGAGUUUCGACAGAGCGUUGAAGAUGUGUUUGUCAGGAGCUGCAGGAAAGGUGUGCCAAAGGGUACUGUUACAAGGGCCAUUACGAGGUUGAUGAAGCAUCCUAUGUAUAGGGACGCGCAUGCGACGGACGAUCAUUACAUGGCAGCCUGCUUUGUCGCGGGUGUCCUAGAUGCCUCACCGAGAAGCGGAGAAGAGUGCGUGCUGGGUGCUGAGGACUGGGAGCUGGUGAAUAUGUGUAACAGUCAGUUUACGUUUGGAAGGUGGUCGCAGAAGGCUUGA